AUGGUUAUUUUGUAUGUAUUUUCAUUUAGUACGGUCACUAUUGCAUUUAAAUUCCAUCAUCAUAAACAACCACAACAAGCACCACAACGUCUUCAUGAAAUAACUGAACCCACUGCAUCAGACAAUACUGUCAUUGAAGAAGAAGAGUCUACUUCUACUCUGCCCAUCCAAGUUUCUUUAAUUUCAUCAAUUUCACAAUUAACUACUAGACAUUUUCUCGAUACUAAACAUAUAUAUAAACUCAUUAAUAACACGGGUGUUAUUCUUCAUGCAUCGAAUUUACAACUACAACUACCUAUCAACACCAACAACCAAUGGAUCUUGCUUCAAUCCUCAACUCCACCCCAUUCAAACUCAAUUGAUUUCCCAAUUUCAAAAUGUCUCAACCAACAAUUUGGCGAUGGCGGCAGUAUCGAUGUUCAAUCGACAAUUUUCGCCUCAUUUAUCAAUACGUUGGAUUUAACCCUUGGGUUGAAUAUACUUUUCGCUAGUGAGUCUUUUACAAUGCGGUUUGAAUUGACAAAGUCGAUUACGUGGCGGAAUUUGUAUACUUGCAUUGUGCCUGAUGGAAUGGUUGGCCAGAUGUGGGCCAGGUCUAAUGUGGUUGAAUUUGAUGUUGUUGAGUUGAGCUUCAUCGAGGUUGUCAAUGAUGCUUCUGCUGAUGACGGUGAUGAUGAUGAAGGUGCCAAUAAAGGUGCAGAUGAAGGUGUGAACGAAGAUUCAGGUGAGGCCACUGCAGUUUUGAGAAAAAAGGAUAAAUUUAUACGGAGAGAAAGACGUUUACGUGGUGAAAGGCAUAAGAAUAAGAAGAAUGGCUGGGGAAUAAGCAAAUUCCGCCUGAAAAAGGAUAGAAUUAAGAUUAAAUUUUGGAAAAAGUUGCAAAAGGUGAAAAUGUUUACUGGCGGUGGAGGUGGAAGUAAUGGGGCAGGAGGUGCUAUACAACGACGACCUAUUAUUUCAUGUGUGACUGAUGUUCGAUUAUUGGAUUGUUCGGGGAAAAGAACGAGAAAUUUACAAGGAUUGGAGAUUAUUUAG